AUGGCAGGUGAAGAUGAUGGCCGACGCCACCUGGACGGUCGAAACCCUGCCACUGCCAACGCUGCGCAGCAGCGCGUGGAAGUCUCAGUCGCGAGUCCGGCACCGCAGAGUCCUGCUCGCGAGCGACCACAGCCGCGGACGUUCGAGCCUGUAAACAUUAGUUUCGAUCAGCUGUUUGAGUCUCUUUCGCAGACUUCGGGUAUAGGGGAUCUAUUUACUCUCGAGAGUCCGGCUCCGGCCGAACCGAAAGUCCAGAUCCAGCCCUCAUACCUAGAUGAAAAUUGCUUUUUGCAGCAGCAGCUGGGCUUCGGAUUACAACCCGUCUGUCCCUCUGUUUCCUACCCACCGGGGAAAGAUGCUGCCGAUGCCACCUCCUACCCCUUUCUCAAGCGUACCAGGCUCGACCGGCUCGACCAGGACGAUGUCAAGUUUCUGGAACAACGGAGAUGCUUUACACUGCCCCCCAAGGCCGUGUUGGACGUGUUUAUGAGGCAGCAUUUUCUUUAUGUGCAUCCACUUCUUCCAAUCUUCGACGAGUGCGCAUUCUGGCGCCUCUACCAGCAGCCAGAGUGUGUUGAAGGCUCCGAACACCAGCUAUCGCUCUUCACCUUUCAGGCCAUGUUGGCCGCUGCCUCGACGAAAGUCCCCAUGGGGACCUUGGUGAAUAGCGGCUUUGCCUCUCAUGAGCAGGCAUGUCGGAUCCUGUUCCGACGUGCCAAGCAUCUCUACGAUUUCCGAACCGAGGAAGACCCUUUGGCCAUCGCGCAGGGGGCCUUGGUGCUUUCCUUGAUAGCUCCAGCGGAUAGUAUGCACCAGGAUAACACUCUUUGGCUCAAUAUCGCCAUUCAGUACACCAAAGCGCUGCGAGGGUCUCGGUCGCCGGGUCAAGCAUAUCCAAGUCCGGCGUGGGCCAAGAGGGCCCAAAGACUGUGGCGGUGCUGCCUUAUCCGCGACCGGAUCCUUUCCCUGGGCAUGCGCCGACCACUUCAGAUCAUACCAGAGAGUUACGACGCCAGCAUGGCCUUGGAUUGGAUUCCUGAGGGUGUGGGAGAGGACAAGGGCGAAUACGUGGGCUCCCUCAUCCACGAUGUUGAUACACAACGCUAUUUGGCCAAGCUCCACGUCGUCUGUGUCCGAUUUGCCAUCAUGUUGACCGACCUCCUGAUGAUGGUGUAUCCUCAUGACAACGUCGAAGUCACGCCCAUCGCCUCGUUGAGCGACCAUUCCGACUUUGUCUUGCGCGUGGAGAGGUGUCGGUCCGAUCUGUACAAGUGGUCCACCACUUUCCUGACCGAGUUUCCCGACUCGCCGCUCCCCGCCCAUACGAGCAACGUGGCCGUCUUCUUCCGGAACUUUCUCCUUAUGUGCCAAAGGAUUGCACUCCAUCAGCACGAAAUUACCACGGCGUACUUCUACCCGGGCUACAUCAAUGCGUACGACUCUCGGCGACUGAGCGCGGCGAGAAGCAACAUCUACGACAGCAUCCAGACCAUCUGUGACCUGACGAGAAGGCUACAAGCGCAGGACCUGCUCUCAAAACUUCCUCCGACCGCGUAA